AUGCUGCCGAAGCAGGCCGCGGGCCAGUGCCGCUUGGCCGACAAGCUAGAGGGGUGGGCGGAGUUCCGGGACGACCGCACGGUCGUGGCGUUGACCCUUGGCCGCCGGCUGGAGCGCGCCCUGCGCUACGACGCCGCCGCCUCGCUCGCCGAGCACCUCCGCGGCGGCGCCGACGGUGCUCGGAGGGGCUCGAUGGUGAGCGUUGUUUUUUUCCUCCCGAAGGUGACGCUCGUUACCCAGGACAAUCCCCCCCCACCUCGUCCAGGCAACGCUAACGAUCGUGCUGGGAGGGGCUGGCCCUGA